AGUGGGAAAAAUUCCUCAAAAUUCACAAAAAUUGUCGCAUGCAGAUUUUAGCUUUCAUAUUUUUACUUCAGAAUCUCUCACGAUGGGAUUGAUUUUCUCAAGAUGGAAGAAAAAGAAAACGUCCGAAGAAAUUUUACAAGAACUGCAAAAGGACAUUGAAACAAUAGAAUCAAGCCAGUAUCGUAAUGAGCAUCUUCGUAAGAAGUACAUUGGCAUGCUUCUUCUCUACUCAGUUCUCCUGUACAUAAUAGUUGCGCUAGUGUUUUAUUUCAAGUAUUUUCCAACAAAUUGGAAAGAUAGAGUUGUAAGAACUCUUCCUCUUCUUAUAUUCCCCCUUGUUAUUUAUGGUGUGAAAAGGUUAUUGCACUAUAUUUUUGUAAGCAGAAUGACCAAAAAUGCCAGAAAAUUAGAAGAUCUAAAAGAAAAGAAAAAGUCUGUGCUUGAAGAGGUCAUGGAAAAGGAAACAUAUAAAACAGCCAAAGAACUGCUGGACAAGUACGAUCCUGAUUCAGAAAUUGUUAAGGAUAAUAAGAAAGAAUCAAAUUUGCCAGCAAGUCAGCCUCAAAGUCCUGUAGUUAUGAAUGGCCAUUCUUCUGAGCUGAGAAGGAGAAAUGUUGCUGGAGCUGCCCCAAGUCCAGGAGGAACAUUACAGAAAGCUGUUUCUGUACCAUCAUUAACAGGGUCUCUUCCUCCAAGUCCACAAAGAAGAUUAGACACAGAACUCUCUCCUGGGACUAGUCCUGGUACACCACAGAGAGCUAAUAGUAUGUCCAAUAUCUCUGGACCAACAGUACAACCUAUACCACAAGGGGCAUUUGUAAGACCACCUGGACCACCCAAGCCUAUUUUUCCUGUUCUGCCAAGGGAGCGAUCAACUAUGGACAAGGUUGURGAAUACUUAGUUGGCGAUGGACCAAGUAAUAGGUAUGCAUUGAUUUGUAAACAAUGCCUCUCACACAAUGGCAUGGCUUUGAAAGAAGAAUUUGAAUAUGUYGCAUUCAGRUGCUGCUAUUGUUUCUAUUUCAACCCUGCAAGGAAGCAACGGCCAAUUGCACCRAAGCUAGAAGAUGAUCCUAUGACACCUGGGAGAUCUCGAAAGAAUCCACCAUCGCCUCCAAGACCAACAGGACAAAUAAAACAGGAAAUAAGGGAAAUUACAACUACAGAGGAGGAAGAAGAUGAUGAUGACAACUCAGACGAGGGAGCUCCUACAGAUUGAAGAAGCUUCAACUGUAAAAUAAGAGAUUCAACCAUGGAUACGUUGUACCAUGCUUGAUUGUUAUUUCAGAGUAGCAAAAAGAAACACAUGAAUGUUUCUAAUGACUACAGAUUGGAGAGUAAUGGAACUAUUAAAUUAUGAACACUUUAUUAACAAGACAGAUGUUCUAAAAACAUACAAGGAAAUGUUGAAACAUUGCAAUAUUUUCAAAAUGGUAUGAAUAGGCCCUUUAGCAGCUGGGGGUCACGUGACCACACCUACCUUAAAUCAAUCAGCUAUCAAUAAAUGAUGUUCAGAAAUGGAAAGAGCAGGUUUAUGUUCGUAAAGCAGCAAAUGUAAAAUAUUAUUUUUUUCUAAAGAAAUAUAUGGGAAAAUAGAACUGGAGAGCACUGGAGUGCAAGCCUUGCUCUCCAGUUGUGUUUUUGCAUAUAUGUUUCUUUAGAAAAAAAAUAAUUUUAAAUUUGAUAUCAAUUUUGAAAUAUUUAGUGUUGAGACUUGAAACUUUCUUACUUUKUUGUUCCCAUCUUUUCAUUUCUGAACAUCAUUUUUUGAUAGCUGAUUACUUUAAGGUAGGUGUGGUCACGUGAUCCCCAGCUGCAAAGGGCCUAUUAAGUCAUCCAAAUUGCCCUAUCAUGUGAUAUAUGUCACACCAAAACAUUCAGUUGUUUUAAUGCUAAUGAUUAUGGUCACCAGAGKGGGGCAGGGUGACUGAAUAUCAAAGAAAAUUUACAUAAGCAAUCAUUGGUCCAAAUUUGCACUUCUGAGCGUCUAUUCUCAAUGUAAAAAUGCCAUGUUUUCUUUAUGUGAUAGGGCAAUGCAUGGACGUAUCCAGGAUUUCAUGGGGGGGGGAGGGUCCUUACAUACCAAAUUGUCACUGUGACGUCAAUAUGAUGUCGUGUAAAUCUAUGGUUUUCAYGCUUUUUUGGCUUUUAAAGGGGGGACACGGGCACCCUGUGACCCCCCUGGAUACRUCCCUGCAAUGAACACUGACUAAUGUUUUUUACUAGCAAUAAGGAAAAAUGCUUACUAAGCUCACUUCCUUGAUUUUUUUGCUUAGCAUUUUAAUCUGGAUGGGCUGUGUUUUACAGAUUGGGAAUUUAGAAGCAAAAAUGAAUAAAUUACAUAUUAUUUCAUAUGAAAAAAAACAAGGUCAUACUCACUCAUUAUCAAUAGUUUUAAAAACUUGUCUAUCCAAAGCCUUCAAAUAUGUAAGACACUCUUUGGUAGUGAUUGGUAGCCUUGUUUUGGUAUAAGCCUGAUAGGGUCAUUCAAACUGGAUUAAGGUUCAUGUUAGGGGUUCAGAAAGGGUCAAGGAGUUUGGCGGAGCAUGACUAGAAGAAACUAUAACAUUCCUUCUCUUCCUCACACCCCCACUCCUGCCCACUCCCCUUCCCAAUUUCGGUUUUUUGGAUUGAGUGUGUGAGCAUGCUCAAUUUGCUGCAGUUCUGAUCAAAUCACUUAUUGUUCUCUACAUUAUUUUAAAACAUUAUUAAGGUAAUUAUUUCCUUGAAGAGAA